UUGUCUAUAUUAAGAAAAAAUCAGCUGCCUAAACCUGAAGAAAAAAUCCAGUUUUCUCCCUCCAAUUUUAUCGCAGACUCUUCCUCGCUUCGGAUCUUGACGGUUUGGUGUUGAUUUUAACUUUCUUGAGCUAGGUUUUGUUAGAUCUUGACGUUAAAUAAGAUGAAAAAAAAGGGAACCCUUAAGGGUUUCUUGGGAUAGAGGCAACCAUUGUUUAUGAAUGAGAUUAUAAGUGCAGGCAUUUAUUGAACAAAAAUAGAGUGUUACAUUCCUAUGUCAUAAUUGAUCUACAAGAAGAAGAAAAAAAAAAGAAAAAAAGAGAGAUCAAAUUUUUCUAGAGAAAGGGUUUCUUCUUAAGGGAACUAGAGAAGAAAUGAAUUGUUUUUCAUGUUUAUAUUUCCAUGAAAAGAAAAAAGCUCCCAAAGAUUCAGAUAACACCCGUCGGAGAAAUGGUGAGUUGACCGGUAGAGACAACAACAAAACACACCCUGAGAAUCCAAAGCUUAAUAAGACUGGAAAUGAGCAGAACAAGAACGAUGAUGCAAACAAAGAAGUGACAAACAACAUUGCUGCGAAAACAUUCACCUUCAGGGAGCUAGCUACUGCGACCAAGAAUUUCAGACAAGAAUGUCUGAUCGGUGAAGGCGGUUUUGGAAGGGUUUACAAGGGAAAAAUCGAAAAAUGUGACAAGAUUGUGGCAGUGAAGCAGUUAGAUAGAAAUGGGCAGCAAGGGAACAAAGAAUUCAUAGUAGAAGUCUUGAUGUUAAGUCUUUUACAUCACAAGCAUCUCGUGAAUCUCAUUGGGUAUUGCGCUGAUGGAGAUCAAAGACUUCUUGUCUAUGAGUACAUGUCUCGUGGUUCACUUGAAGAUCAUCUCCUCGAUCUAACACCGGGCCAAGUACCGUUGGAUUGGGACACAAGGAUUAGAAUUGCGCUAGGAGCAGCCAUGGGUCUUGAAUACUUGCACGACAAGGCAGAUCCUCCGGUGAUCUACAGAGAUCUCAAGGCAUCUAACAUCCUUUUGGACAAUGACUUCAACGCCAAGCUAUCAGAUUUUGGACUAGCAAAGCUAGGUCCUGUAGGAGACAAACAACAUGUGUCCUCCAGAGUUAUGGGAACUUAUGGGUACUGUGCUCCAGAGUAUCAACGAACCGGUCAGCUAACCAUUAAAUCUGAUGUUUAUAGUUUUGGAGUUGUGUUGUUGGAGUUGAUAACUGGACGAAGAGUUAUUGAUACGACUAGACCUAAAGAUGAACAUAAUCUAGUUACUUGGGCACAACCUGUGUUCAAAGAACCAAGUAGGUUCCCGGAACUAGCUGAUCCAAGUCUAGAGGGAGUGUUCCCGGAGAAAGCUCUUAACCAAGCCGUAGCGGUAGCAGCAAUGUGUUUACAGGAAGAGGAAACGUUACGGCCACUCAUAAGCGACGUUGUAACCGCUCUAGGUUUCUUGGGAACCGCUCCUGAUGGCACUAUAGCAGUUCCACGUUACGACGAAGUUCGUCCUCCUCAGCCGUCGGGUGAAACCUCCGGUGAGGAUUCUAUGGCGCCGAAGGAACGGGAAAGAGCCGUGGCUGAGGCAAUGGAGUGGGGAGUUGCUUCGAGAGCAAAUUCUCGGAACACAAGUGCAGGACAUUCUCUAAACCCCAGUGCAGCACAUUCUCGGAACCCUAGUGCUUCUUGA